UUUAACGCAAUGAUUAAAUAUAAUCAUUGGUUUAACGUCAACCGCCAAAAAUGAACGCUUGUACUUGAUUUAAAACAAAAACAAACAAAAAAAAUAUACUUAAAAUGACUGAACCCGAGCUGGUAGAAGAUUUCUUCGGUGUAUAUUUGUUGUACUGUUUAAAUCCCAAAUAUAAAGGCCGUACUUACAUAGGAUAUACACGAGAUCCUAACCGGCGAAUAAUGCAACACAACAGAGGCACUUGGGCCGGUGGAGCGCAUCGUACUAACAAUAAGGGACCUUGGAAAAUGGUUUUGAUCGUGCAUGGAUUUCCUAACAACAUUUCUGCUCUAAGAUUUGAAUGGGCAUGGCAGAAUCCUACAAAAACAAUAAGAUUACAACAUUUAAACUUAAAAAAAAUCCCACGAAAGGAGACUGAAUAUAAAUUUAAACUCAGGGUUUUGAGUGAGAUGCUCAGAGUGGGCCCGUGGUAUCGCCUGCCAUUGUCUGUGAGAUGGCUGGAAACUGAAUACAUUGAAGAAUUUCUGAUUGAAAGAAAACCCCCAGACCACAUGGUGAUAUGCCAAGGACCAAUUAAAAGCAAGAAUCUAAAGAAAUCAACAAAGUGCAGAACUAAAAACGAAGAAUGUCUACUAUGCUCAAAAUACAUAGCCGAUAGUCAGACAAGAAUAACAUGUUUGAACUCUACUUGCAAGUUAAAAAGCCAUAUAACCUGUUUGGCAGAUCUAUUUUUAUCACCAGGGGAAUACAUUCCAGUCCGAGGUAAAUGCCCCUUUUGUAAUACAGUAUUGAAAUGGGGAGAGCUUAUUAGGAAGAUGAAAGGUUGUGGGAAUGAGGAUGGUCAGAUCAAGUCAAAUGAGGUGUCAGGUGGGAAAGAUAUGUCAAAUAUUGAUAUUGGGCCAACCAGUGCCAUGUCACAUGUUGAUAAAGCGUCAGAAGUGGAAUUACUUUCAGAUGCUGACAUGUCAGAUUUAGAUAGAAUGUCAGAAGAGGAUAUAGUUUUGGGUGAUAACAUGUCAGAUGAUGACAAAGUGUCAGAAGUUGACAUAUCAGAUGAUGAUAUAGUGGCAGAUGUUGACACUGCACCAAAAGCUGAUACAUUAAAAAAGAGCUAUGAAAAAAAUACUGAUGACUAUCCAAGUUGGUUUGACGAUUGUGAAGAUUUAUGACAUACUAUUAAAUUAUUUAUUCCAAAUGAA